AUGGGAACUGAUCUUCUUUCUCCCUCGGGUAAUCGGGACGACGAUGCAGUAUCGUUCUAUCGGGGGACCGUCCUAGAAGUCCUAGCCAUGAAAAAUGGAACAGAGAAUCAAGUGGCCGAUCACUUGUCUAGGUUAGAAACUCGUAAUCAUGCAGCUGAGGGAGAUGUCAUCAAGGACACCUUCCCGGAUGAGCAAUUGUUGGCCGUUACUACUAGGGAGGUGUCAUGGUAUGCAGAUUUUAUGAACUAUCUGGCAAGUGAAGAAAUGCCACCUGACCUUGAUCCUCAUACUAAAAAGAAGUUCUUGCGAGAUGUGAGAUCAUAUGUGUGGUAUGAGCCGUUUCUAUUCAAAUCUUGUGCUGAUCAGUUAAUGAGAAGAUGUGUACCCGAAUCUGAAAUAAAUGUUAUUUUACAUGACUGUCGUGUGUCCCCUUAUGAUGGUAAUCAUGCGGCCGUUGACUAUGUGUUGAAGUGGGUGGAGACCAUUGUUCUUCCUACCAAUGAUGUCAAGGUUGUGGUUAACUUUGUGAAAAAGCAUAUCUUUACAUGGUUCGGCACUCUGAGAGUAAUGAUAAGUGAUGGGGGUACCCAUUUCUAUAACAAGCUGUUGGAUAAUCUUUUAGCGAAAUAUGGGGUCAAACACAAGGUUGCGACCGCCUAUCAUCCUCAGACUAGUGAAUAG